ACGUUCGUCGAGAUACGACGGCACUACAAAUGCUUUCGUAUAGCAGCGUACUAUUAUAAACGUGAUAUACCCUUUCAAUAGCCUUAAUCGAAGAAAAAGAGCGAUAAAAUUCGAAAACUUGCUUUUUGUGAAAGUGCAGGAAGUAUAAGCUUCAAACAUUUCCAAAAGUACUGAAGGAAGAAAAAUCAUUUAGAAUCGAUAUCAUAUAGAAUAGUGAUUAUUCUGGUAUCGUGUAGUCCAAAAAUCAGCGAGAAGAGCUUUGAUAAAAAACGCGGGACAUUAUACAGAUAAGCGCAGACAUUUUGCUGCAAUAGCUAGUCAAUAGUCUUUACAUUGUCGUUCGGCAGUUGAAAUUAAAUUUUUAUUAUAUUUUGUCAUAUCAACUAUAAAAUGGAACCGAUUGCCAAAAUGAUAUUUUGGAUAAUGUGUUUAUUGUGCAUCGUCACGUCAUCCUUGGAAGCUGCAAGAAUUCUAGCGAUUGUUGCAAUACCAUCCUACAGUCACCAAGUUGCUUUUCAACCACUAUGGACCGCUCUAAGCCGACGAGGACACAAAGUCGUUGUUCUAACAACAAAUCCGCUUAAUGAUCCUAACUUAACAAAUUUAACAGAAAUCAAUUGCCAAGAGCUCUAUAAAAUACUAGAAGGAGCUAACCAUGUUAAAAGCAUGCAGAAACAUACAUGGAUAUAUUUAGAACGUGAGCAAAUUUUUAGUGUAGGUCACAGAAUAACAGAAAAUAUUUAUAAACAUUCAGAAGUACGUAAAAUGUAUGCACAAAAUAGCAACCAAACGUUUGACGUAGUACUUGCAGAACUUGUAAAGUCACCUGGUCUCUAUCCGUUGGCGUACAGAUUUAAUGCGCCUCUUAUAGGUAUAUCAUCAAUAGGAUUCUACAGUCAUAAUUAUUACUCCUUUGGUGCACCCGUUUUGCCGUCACACCCUUCAAAUUGGGAAAUGGGACCAGCUACUGGUAUUAAUUUGUCAUUAUGGCAGAGAUUAAACAAUUUUAUUCAACAAUGGUAUCACAUAUAUUGCGUGUUUAAUCAUUUCUUUCCUGAGCAACAAGCAAUUGCAGAGAAAUAUCUCGGAAAAAAUAUACCAGACAUAAAAGACAUGGAAAAAAAUAUGAGUAUUACGAUUCACACUCAACAAGAAGCUAUUUCCUUUGCAAGACCGACAACACCGAAUGUUAUAAUAUUUGGAAAUCUGCAUAUUUUAAAAAAACCUCCAGCUUUACCGAAAGAUUUGAAUGAAUUUUUGACAGAUGCACCAAAUGGAUUUAUUUAUAUGAGUUUAGGUACAAAUAUUGAUAUAUCAGAUUUUCCCAACCAUGUAUUAAAUGUAUUUCUCGACAUCUUUGCAAGUUUGCCAUACAAAGUUCUAUGGAAAUUGAAUAAAGAAUUGACAAAUAAACCUGAUAAUAUUUAUAUCGCUAAAUGGUUUCCUCAACAGAGCGUUCUUGCUCAUCCAAAAAUCAAACUGUACAUAUAUCAAGGUGGAUUGCAAAGCACAGAAGAAGCUGUUUAUUACGCGGUACCACUUGUAGGAAUACCAGUAAUAGCCGAUCAGUUUACUCAUAUUAAUAAAAUGGUAUCUGUCGGAGUUGCGAAGUCUCUAAAUUUUAGAGAUAUGUCAAAAAUUAUAAAUGCAACUAUACUAGAUGUUUUAAACGAUAAAAGGUAUAAAGAAAGAAUGCUGAAACUUAAAGCAAAGAAUGAAGAUAAACCUUUUAAUCUAUAAAAUACGAUUUGGUGGAUCGAAUUUGUAAUUCGUCAUAAAGGUGCUCCUCAUCUUUAUACUAGUAUUGCUCAUGAUCCUUGGUAUCAGAGAUAUGAUAUGGAUAUUAUAGCAAUUUUAUCAAUUACUAUAUUUGUAAUGUUAGUUUGUUCAUUAGUAUUGUUCUAUAAAUUAUUACAAAUAAUAUUUAAUCGAAAUAUGAAAAAGCAAAUAGAUGUUGGAAAAAAAAUUAAUUAAUUUUUUAGA